AUGGGGGCAACCGACAGCGGCGCCGCCGCCGACGACGAUGAUGACGUGGCGGAUUCAGAAGAGAUCGCGUCGAACCAUGGAGUCGCUGUCUGGAUGCUUCUGGAGGCUGGGAUGAAUUCUGGAGCAUCUGGAGUCAUUCGUGAAGACGUGACUUUGCAGAAAUUGUUGAGGAAAAAUGGGGAUUCUGAAGACGUAGGUAAAAAUUCUGGAGCAUAUGGAUCCCAUGCUUCUGGAGCAGCGUCAGGGUACUGUGCCUGCUCAAAAUCUGGAUAUUGCUGUAGAUACGGUGGCGGCGUGACGUCUUCUGGAUUCGGAUUCUGA